AAUAAAGUUCGUGCGCGCCGGGAGCGGAAGCGGAAGCGGUGAAUCUCCAUGGCGGUGGCGGCGGCAGCGGCGGCGGGACCCGUGUUCUGGAGGCGACUACUGGGCCUCCUGCCUGGCCGCCCAGGGCUGGCCGCGCUCCUGGGACGCCUGUCCGACCGCCUCGGCAGGAACCGGGACCGCCAGCGCAGGAGGUCACCAUGGCUGUUACUGGCUCCCCUGCUGUCCCCCACUGUUCCCCAGGUCACCUCCCCACCUUGCUGCCUGUGUCCGGAAGGCGUGCACCGGUUCCAGUGGAUCAGAAACCUGGUUCCAGAAUUUGGAGUCUCCAGUUCUCACGUCAGGGUGCUUUCUUCCCCAGCAGAGUUUUUUGAGCUCAUGAAGGGGCAGAUAAGAGUGGCCAAGAGGCGGGUCGUGAUGGCAUCCCUCUACCUGGGGACAGGUCCUUUGGAACAGGAACUGGUGGACUGCCUGGAAAGUACUCUAGAAAAGUCACUCCAAGCAAAGUUUCCUUCAAAUCUCAAGGUCUCCAUUCUCUUAGACUUCACGCGGGGCUCACGAGGCCGGAAGAACUCCCGCACGAUGCUGCUCCCACUUCUGCAGAGGUUCCCAGAGCAGGUCCGAGUCUCCCUCUUUCACACGCCGCACCUCCGCGGCCUGCUCCGGCUCCUCAUCCCUGAGCGCUUCAACGAGACCAUUGGCCUGCAGCACAUUAAGGUGUAUCUCUUCGACAACAGCGUCAUCUUGAGCGGUGCAAACCUGAGUGACUCCUACUUCACCAACCGCCAGGACCGCUACGUGUUCCUGCAGGACUGCGUGGAGAUUGCCGACUUCUUCACGGAGCUGGUGGACGCGGUGGGGGAUGUGUCCCUGCAGCUGCAGGGGGACGACACGGUGCAGGUGGUGGAUGGGAUGGUGCAUCCUUACAAAGGUGACCGGGCCGAGUACUGCAAGGCAGCCAAUAAGAGGGUCAUGGAUGUGAUCAACUCAGCCAGGACCCGCCAGCAGAUGCUGCAUGCCCAGACCUUCCACAGCAACUCCCUUUUGACCCAGGAAGAUGCAGCAGCUGCUGGGGAUCGCAGACCAGCCCCUGACACCUGGAUUUAUCCGCUGAUUCAGAUGAAGCCCUUCGAGAUUCAAAUCGAUGAGAUUGUCACUGAGACCCUGUUGACUGAGGCGGAGCGUGGUGCAAAGGUCUACCUCACCACUGGCUACUUCAACCUGACCCAGGCCUACAUGGACCUGGUCUUGGGCACUCGGGCUGAGUACCAAAUCCUGCUGGCCUCACCAGAGGUGAAUGGCUUCUUUGGGGCCAAGGGAGUGGCUGGCGCCAUCCCAGCGGCCUAUGUGCACAUCGAGCGGCAGUUCUACAGCGAGGUGUGCAGCCUGGGACAGCAGGAGCGGGUCCAGCUGCAGGAGUACUGGCGGAGGGGCUGGACGUUCCAUGCCAAAGGUCAGUUCACCGGGACCUGGAGGCCCAGAUUGCGAUCGUGACAGAGAACGAGGCCCUGCAGCAGCAGCUUCACCAGGAGCAAGAGCAGCUCUACCUGAGGUCAGGGGUGGUGUCCUCUGCCACCUUCGAGCAGCCGAGUCGCCAGGUGAAGCUGUGGGUGAAGAUGGUGACUCCACUGAUCAAGAACUUCUUCUGAGGACACACAGGUGCUGUCUCUAGCAUCGUCUCUCAGCACGGUUUUCCCGGGAGUUCACAGGUGGGGCAGGUGGUCGUUCUGACUCAACCAGAGCUCCCGGAGGACUCUUGGAUCCCUUUCUCAGUUAAACACAGAGCAGCAUCUUCAGGGGUGUGGCAACUGUCCUCAAAGUUAGAAGCUGAAUGCUAAAUUAGGCAGUCUGUUGACUUUCCAUCAGGUACCCACUCCACUGAGUCUCAAGAUGCCUGUGUUGGGGUCGGCAGUGGGCAACCCCUUCUGCUCUCCCUUCCCAGGGGGUCCUGAAGAGGCCCUGGGGCAAGGGCUCAGGGAUGAGGGGGCAGAAAGGCAGAUGGAGCCCCUCCAAGCUGAUCAUGCUGGUGCAGGAGAUGUAGACGUGGGAGGAGGAGAGCACAGUUGCUCGUGAGAGUGGCUCUGGCUUGCUGUCCUGGCUAGCUGCAGCCUGCAGGGUGGGGCAUCGGUGGAGCCAGAUCUCGGGCUGCUGCCUGGACGCCUCGCUGACAUCCCUGUGCUGCGGUUACAGAGAUGCGCCCUUCUAGACUCUGGAAGUGGAGUAUCAGGACCCUCUCUGCCCGCCCAGGAGGGGCCUGCCGCUUCACCAGAGGCACCAGUGGGGUCCCACGGUCACCUGAGGUACCCCUGGACUGUCUUGACGCCUAGAGGUCCAGGCAGGGGGUGGCUGCUAUUAAAGGUGGGGUCUUUGCUGGGUGACCCUCUGUGUCCUGGAUUCCUCCGGGCCUGGACUGCACUUCAGGUGGGGUCAGGCUCCCGAGGCCGCUGCAGCCCCUGCUCUUUGGGUCUGGAUGUUGGGGGUAGCUCUGUUGCUUUGGAUGGUUGGGCCUUUGGAUGGUGGCUUGUGGGGAGGGAUGGUGAGGAGUCCAAGAGGAGCCAGGGCCCAUGUGGCCGGCGCAUGCGCUAGUGCUGGCGUCUCAUGCGUGCAGCAUGGACUCCCUUAGCGCCUGCCCCUUAGUUCUCGGCCAAAUCUCAUUUUUUAAAAUGUGUAGUUUAUCU